AUGAAGAUGGUCAAGAAUCUUGGUCAUCUGCCUUUCGAAGACAGAUUGACUGAACUUGAUUUAUUGUCUCUCAAGUACAAGCAACUCUGCGGUGACCUCAUUAAAAUCUACCGAAUUGUCCGAGGCCGUGAGUGCGUCCUAGAAUUUGAGGAGUUCUUCGAAUUAGCUCGAAUAUAUCAUCUGUGGGGUCAUCCCUUUCACCUGCAGAUGAAGCCGGUCCCUAUGGUCUUUCAACGGAACGCCUUUCCGCAGAGGGUCAUUAGAACGUGGAACGGACUCCCUGACGAGGGGGUUCUUUCAGAUACGGUUGAGACAUUUAAGCGUAAACUGGAUUCUCAUCAGCUGAGAAACUGUGAUACAUAA